UCCGGGUUAUAAGCGCUGGCGGCCGAGUGGCGGGAGCUGGAGCCCGCGGAGCACACGAAGCUCACGGAGUCGCCCCGGAGUCCGAACAGGCAGCGCCCCGGAGCCGCGGAGGAACCCGAGAAGCAGCCACGAUGUGCGGAAUCUUUGCCUACAUGAACUACAGAGUCCCCCGGACCAGGAAGAAGAUCUUUGAAACCCUCAUCAAGGGCCUGCAGCGGCUGGAGUACAGAGGCUAUGACUCGGCAGGUGUGGCAAUCGAUGGGAAUAAUGAUGACGUCAAAGAAAGACACAUUCAGCUGGUCAAGAAAAGGGGCAAAGUCAAGGCUCUCGAUGAAGAACUCUACAAACAAGACAGCAUGGACUUAAAAGUGGAGUUUGAGACACACUUCGGCAUUGCCCACACGCACUGGGCCACCCACGGGGUCCCCAGUGCUGUCAAUAGCCACCCCCAGCGCUCGGACAAAGGCAACGAAUUUGUUGUCAUCCACAAUGGGAUCAUCACAAAUUACAAAGAUCUGAGGAAAUUUCUGGAAAGCAAAGGCUACGAGUUUGAGUCAGAAACAGAUACAGAGACCAUCGCCAAGCUGAUUAAAUAUGUGUUCGACAACAGAGAAACUGAGGACAUUACGUUUUCAACACUGGUCGAGAGAGUCAUUCAGCAGUUGGAAGGUGCAUUCGCGCUGGUUUUCAAGAGCAUCCACUACCCAGGAGAAGCUGUUGCCACACGGAGAGGCAGCCCCCUUCUCAUCGGAGUCCGGAGCAAAUACAAGCUCUCCACAGAACAGAUCCCCAUCUUAUACAGGACGUGCACUCUGGAGAAUGUGAAGAAUAUCAUCUGUAAGACACGGAUGAAGAGGCUGGACAGCUCCGCCUGCCUGCACGCUGUGGGCGACAAGGCCGUGGAAUUCUUCUUUGUUUCUGAUGCGAGCACCAUCAUAGAGCACACCAACCGCGUCAUCUUCCUGGAGGACGACGACAUUGCCGCAGCGGCUGAUGGGAAACUCUCCAUUCACUGGGUCAAGCACUCGGCCAGUGAUGACCCAUCUCGAGCCAUCCAGACCUUGCAGAUGGAACUGCAGCAAAUCAUGAAAGGUAACUUCAGCGCAUUUAUGCAGAAGGAGAUCUUCGAGCAGCCAGAAUCCGUUUUCAAUACUAUGAGAGGUCGGGUGAAUUUUGAGACCAACACAGUGCUCGUGGGGGGCCUGAAGGACCACUUGAAGGAGAUCCGACGAUGCCGAAGGCUCAUCGUGAUUGGCUGUGGGACCAGCUACCACGCUGCCGUGGCUACGCGGCAAGUUUUGGAGGAACUGACCGAGCUUCCUGUGAUGGUUGAACUUGCCAGCGAUUUUCUGGACAGGAACACACCUGUGUUCAGGGAUGACAUGUGUUUUUUCAUCAGCCUAUCAGGCGAGACCACGGACACCCUCCUGGCGCUGCGCUACUGUAAGGACCGCGGAGCCCUCACUGUGGGCGUCACCAACACCGUGGGCAGCUCCAUGUCUUGCGAGACCGACUGCGGCAUCCACAUCAACGCAGGGCCGGAGAUCGGCGUGGCCAGCACCAAGGCUUAUACCAGUCAGUUCAUCUCUCUGGUGAUGUUUGGUUUGAUGAUGUCUGAAGACCGAAUUUCACUACAAAACAGGAGGCAAGAGAUCAUCCGUGGCUUGAAAUCUUUACCUGAGCUGAUCAAGGAAGUGCUGUCACUGGAGGAGAAGAUCCACGACUUAGCCCUGGAGCUGUACACGCAGAGGUCACUGCUGGUGAUGGGGCGGGGCUACAACUACGCCACCUGCCUGGAGGGAGCCCUGAAAAUUAAAGAGAUCACCUAUAUGCACUCAGAAGGCAUCCUGGCUGGGGAGCUGAAGCACGGGCCCCUGGCACUGAUUGACAAGCAGAUGCCGGUCAUCAUGGUCAUCAUGAAGGAUCCUUGCUUUGCCAAAUGCCAGAAUGCCCUGCAGCAAGUCACGGCCCGCCAGGUGAGGGCUCUCCACUGCACUGGGCCAGCUCUCUCCUGCUUUUCUGCACGCAUGCCCACCUCACCACUGUCUGCCAGUACCAGCAAUGGAUGGUCUGGCCAUCGAGUGGCUGUGAGCGCACACCCUCCCCGGGCCCCCUUGUGAGGAGUGCACACCCUUGGAAAGGAAC